CCAUUUCAGAGCUCUCUCGCCACUUGUCACCGCGCGCCCCCGCCUCCGCGUCUCCGCCCGCCCCGCCCAUCCGGCUAUAAAAGCCCCGCCCGCCCCAACCCUAGACGCCGCCGCCGCUGCCGCUUCGUCCUCCCAGUACCUUCUCCGCCUGUUCCACCGGUAUGACCGGCAUCAGCAAGGGCCGCCCCUCCCCGACCUCCACCUCCUCCUCCUCCGGCGACAGUAGGCCUCGGCGGAUCACCCGGAAGCGCAGGUCCGCCCGCCGCGGGACCCGCGGCGCCGCCCGGAGGCCACCGGCGCCUCGAUCGGUAAAUGAGCUGGACUUGAAUACAGCUGCUCUUGAUCCGGAUCAUUAUGCUACUGGAUUGAGAGUUAUUCUGCAGAAGGAGCUUCGAAAUAGCGAUGUAAGCCAACUUGGAAGAAUCGUUCUCCCAAAGAAGGAGGCGGAGGCUUACCUCCCGAUUCUGAUAUCAAAGGACGGAAAAAGUUUAUGCAUGCAAGAUUUGCUAAAUGCACAACUGUGGACCUUCAAGUACAGAUAUUGGCCCAACAAUAAAAGCAGGAUGUACGUACUUGAAAAUACUGGGGAUUAUGUCAGAGCUCAUGAUCUUCAGCAAGGAGACUUCAUUGUGAUAUACAGAGACGACGAAAAUAACCGCUUUGUCAUAGGAGCAAAGAAAGCGGGAGAUGAACGCACUGCCACUGUGCCACAACUCCAUGAGCAUAUCUCUGCGACUUUGCCAGCUUCACAAGUUAUCCAUGACUACGCAGCUCCUGUUGCACCAGAAGCUGAUAUCCUUGCCAUGGUGCCACAAGCUAAUGAGAACUAUGAGAUAUUCGACGGGAUACUGAACUCUCUGCCAGAGAUACCAGUAGCCAAUGUGAGGUACUCUGACUUCUUCGAUCCAUUUGGUGACUGCAUGGACAUGACAAAUCCCCUGAACGCCAGCCACUCCGUUCACCUGGCGGCACAUUUCCAUGACGACAAGACAGGGAAUUCUUCGUUACCCUACCCAAAUACUGGGCCUCAGAUGUGAGAUCCAGUCGGAAAACUGCUGGAUCAGAAUAGCCUGCAUGAAGCUCAGAAAACUCCCUCCUUGACGCCAUUGUUGUACAUCCAAAUAAUUGGUGUCCUCAUUUUGUAUGUUGUAUAUGA